GCACCCCUCCUUAAACGUUGAAGAUUAUGAAUUUGUAUCUAGAAAGGUGUUUGAUAAGAUUGGAUGCAGCUGCAGUUUCAGGAGAUUCACUUAUGCUUAAUGCGGAUUUUGAUGCAAAUUUAAUGAGCCUACUUUGCGAAAGAUGGUUAUCAAAUCUUGAGCUUUUCCAUCUUAGUAUAUGAUUGAAGGGAGAAUGUUUUCUGCUCUUCUUGUCUAGGAGGUGAGUUGCAUCUUUUGCAAUUGCUGAUGGAUUGACAUAUUCUCUAUUUUUUUAUACGGAUAUAUUUUUUUUAUACAAGUAUAAUUUAUUUUUAUAAAGGUAGGCAAUCCUACCUCCAUGUUCCUCGACUGUGGUAUAUUGUACAAAGAUUCCUUUCCCACGCUAUUCUCCCAUCCUCUUAUUUUUUCACUCUCCUCAUCAGCUCCAAUUAGAAUGUCAAGUAAAUAGGGCUUCUUCCUUCCAACCCACCCCCAAUGGUGGCUCCUCCCUUCCAAAGCCAUGGCCACCACUUCUUUCUCCAAGCUCCUCUCGCAAAACCCAUUCCUCUCCCUGCUCCAAAAUGCCAGGACCGCCUCUCAAAUUUUCCAAAUUCACGCCCAAUUGAUCUGCAGAGCCCUAAUGUCCGACUCCUUCGUAGCAAGCCGUCUCCUUUUCGCCGCCUGCGAGCUCUCCAACCCUUCUUCCAUCCAUCUCACAGCAGCCUACGCUGAGCUCAUCUUUUCCCAAGUCCAUCACCCCAACACCUUCUUCUGGAAUACCAUCAUCAGGUUCCAUUCGCAGACCUCAAACCCCCUCCGGGCGCUCCUUUUCUUCUCCCAGAUGCGCAAAAGUGGGAUUUUUACUGAUAAUUACACGUAUCCGUUUGUUCUCAAGGCCUGUGCUUCGAUGCCUGGCCGUCGGGAAGGGGUGGUGGUCCACGGGGAGGUCGUCAAGAGAGGAUUUGAUGAGGAUUUGUUCGUGAGGAAUGGUUUGAUCAGCAUGUAUUGCAGGAGUGGAGACGUUGAAUUGGGUAUGAUGCUUUUUGAUGGUUUCCGGUCGAGAGAUUUGGUAUCAUGGAACUCCAUGAUUGCUGGUUACAGUAUGUGUGGGAAGAUGGGCGAAGCCCAGAAGCUUUUUGAUGCAAUGCCGGAGAGGGAUGCCUUCUCUUGGGCUAUCUUAAUCGAUGGCUAUGGAAAGAAAAUAGGGGAUGUCCGUCGUGCUCGGGAGUUGUUUGAUGCGAUGCCUGAUAGGGAUUUGGUCUGUUGGAAUUCCAUGAUUGAUGGGUACUCUGGUCUUGGUAUGAUGGGUCCAGCCCGAGAACUCUUUGAAGCGAUGCCCGAGAGGAAUGUGAUCUCGUGGAGUAUCCUCAUUGAUGGCUAUAUUCGCCAUGGAGACUCCAAGGAAGCUUUGAACAUAUUUCAGCAAAUGCUUCGCCAUGGUAUGAAGCCUGAUAAGAUUAGUGCUGUUGGUGUGAUUUCAGCAUGUGCCCAGUUGGGCGCUCUCGAUCAGGGUCGAUGGGUCCACUUCUAUCUGAAAAAGAACAGAAUCUUGUUUGAUGUUGUAGUCCAAACUGCCCUGAUAGAUAUGUACAUGAAAUGUGGGAGCUUGGACCUUGCGAGGAGGCUUUUUGACAACAUGCGUGAGAGGAGCAUUGUUACCUGGAAUGUAAUGAUUGUCGGACUUGGGGCUAAUGGCUAUGAAGCAGAAGCAGUGGAGCUUUUCGAUCAAAUGGAGAAGGAAGGAACAUUAAUGGAUGAUCUCACUUUUCUUGCUGUAUUGACAGCAUGCACUCAUGCUGGUUUAGUUGCAAAGGGAUGGGAGAUAUUUGAUAGGAUGAGGAGCGAUUUCGGGAUAACUCCUAAGGCUGAACACUAUGGUUGCAUAGUGGAUCUCCUUGGGCGUGCCGGAAGGUUGCAUGAAGCUCGAAAUGUCAUAGAGACAAUGCCGAUGAAGCCUACUUUGACGUUGUGGGGAUCCCUUCUUGCAGCUUGUCGGACACAUCGAUGUGUUGAUCUGGCUGAAGUUUCGGUUGAGCAGCUCAAGAAUCUUGGAGCAGAUGACAGUGGGGUUUAUGUGCUUUUAUCCAAUAUCUAUGCGGAAGAGGGAAUGUGGGAUGAUGUGUGGAGGAUAAGGAAGUUGAUGUGUGCUAGAGGGAUGAAGAAGGAAGUUGGAAGGAGUGUAGUUGAGGUGAAUGGCAGGGUUCAUGAGUUUGUGAAUGGCGAUGUCUCUUAUCUAGAAAUAUUUUCAGUUCUUUGGAGUUUGUCUAAUAACAUAGCCUUAACAUAGCUUUCAAAAUGUGUUCUUAUUGGCUAAAUGUUUCUCUCUGCAGUAUGAAGUCUUCAAAGACAUUCAUUUUAGAACUAGGGCAAACUUGGUUAGGAUCAGUCCAUGUCAGAAACGUAAUCUGUAUAGAAGAGAUGGGUCAUUACCAAAUAAUCAGACAUAAAUUUUCAA